AUGAAGGACAGCGCUGGAGGCUCCACCUUCUGCCCUUCCCUCCCUCCCCUCCCCCUUCCCUCUCCCCCUCCUUCCUUCCCAGCCCUCCGCAGCAGCUCAGCGCUCAGUCAGUCUCAGGCUGUCCGGCCGGCGUGGUUGGUGGUGAGGUUUCAGGCUCCGUCGGGACGAGGCCGUGGCCUGAGGCUCAGGGCCCCCCAGCCCCUCCCUCCCAGCCCACCAGCGUCACCCCCCAGCCCCGAACUGGACCGCACACCUUGGGACACGGUUUUCCACUUCCUAAGGACGAGCCCCAGACUGGAGGAGAGGUCCGAGGAGGUGGGCGUUGGACUCUUCGCGAGGACCCCGGCGGCGGGCCCCGGGGAGGCGGCCGAGGCGGCGGCGGCCGGGGGCGACAUGGCGGAGGAGCAGGACCUAUCCGAGGUGGAGCUGAGCCCCGUGGGCUCCGAGGAGCCCCGCUGCCUGUCCCCGGGGAGCGCGCCCUCGCUGGGGCCCGACGGCGGUGGCGGCGGCGGCGGCGGAUCGGGCCUGCGAGCCAGCCCUGGGCCCGGCGAGCUGGGCAAGGUCAAGAAGGAGCAGCAGGACGGCGAGGCGGACGAUGACAAGUUCCCCGUGUGCAUCCGCGAGGCGGUCAGCCAGGUGCUGAGCGGCUACGACUGGACGCUGGUGCCCAUGCCCGUGCGCGUCAACGGCGCCAGCAAGAGCAAGCCGCACGUCAAGCGGCCCAUGAACGCCUUCAUGGUGUGGGCGCAGGCGGCGCGCAGGAAGCUGGCCGACCAGUACCCGCACCUGCACAACGCCGAGCUCAGCAAGACGCUGGGCAAGCUCUGGAGGCUGCUGAACGAGAGUGACAAGCGCCCCUUCAUCGAGGAGGCUGAGCGGCUCCGAAUGCAGCACAAGAAGGACCACCCGGACUACAAGUACCAACCCCGGAGGCGGAAGAACGGAAAGGCGGCCCAGGGGGAGUCAGAGUGUCCCGGCGGGGAGGCCGAGCAGGGCGGCGCUGCUGCCAUCCAGGCCCACUACAAGAGUGCCCACCUGGACCACCGGCACCCAGGAGAGGGCUCCCCCAUGUCAGACGGGAACCCCGAGCACCCCUCAGGCCAGAGCCAUGGCCCACCCACCCCUCCGACCACCCCAAAGACAGAGCUGCAGUCGGGCAAGGCAGACCCCAAGCGGGAUGGGCGCUCCAUGGGGGAGGGCGGGAAGCCUCACAUCGACUUCGGCAACGUGGACAUCGGUGAGAUCAGCCACGAGGUAAUGUCCAACAUGGAGACCUUUGAUGUGGCUGAGUUGGACCAGUACCUGCCACCCAACGGGCACCCGGGCCACGUGGGCAGCUACUCAGCAGCCGGCUACGGGCUGGGCAGCGCCCUGGCUGUGGCCAGUGGACACUCCGCCUGGAUCUCCAAGCCACCAGGCGUGGCUCUGCCUACAGUCUCGCCACCCAGCGUGGACGCCAAAGCCCAGGUGAAGACGGAGACCGCAGGGCCCCAGGGCCCGCCGCACUACACCGACCAGCCGUCCACCUCGCAGAUCGCCUACACCUCCCUCAGCCUGCCCCACUACGGCUCCGCCUUCCCCUCCAUCUCCCGCCCCCAGUUUGACUACUCUGACCAUCAGCCCUCAGGACCCUAUUAUGGCCAUUCAGGCCAGGCCUCUGGCCUCUAUUCGGCCUUCUCCUACAUGGGGCCCUCGCAGCGGCCCCUCUACACGGCCAUCUCUGACCCCAGCCCCUCAGGGCCCCAGUCCCACAGCCCCACACACUGGGAGCAGCCAGUAUAUACGACGCUGUCCCGGCCUUAA